CCUUGCAUUUUUCUACAGGCUAUGAAAUGGCUCAUUUCAUUUGGCAAAUUUGGCUAACCAGUGUGCUUAUACUGUUCAUCCCACAACAUACAGUGCAUGCUUUCCAAUGCUAUCAGUGUAUGAACAUCACCAGCUUUGAGCAGUGCUCGAAAUCAGCCACCAUCGUCAAUUGCGAGGACCACGACCAGGAAGCGUCUCAGCAGGCUCCUACAGUGACACCAGCUUUGGCAAACGUUUCCUAUGCAUGUGCGACAGUGAACUUGGAAAUCUUUGGGAUCCAAUCGUUUAUAAAGUCUUGCACUCGCAACUUUUCCGAAGCGACGAUAUGUACGGCUUUGGCAGAGCAGACGGAAGGGACAAUGCCGGGAACUAAGGUGAAUGUAUGCAACGUGUGUUACAGCGAAUUGUGUAAUACAAGCAGCAGUGCGACAACGUUCGGUGUGGUACUUGUGGCGAUAUGUAUGGCAACGUUAAACACAGUUCGUUACAUGCGGUGUAAAUUCUUAAAUAUAAUGUAAGGUUUGAAAGCCCAUUAA